CCAGUCCCCUUCUCCUUGAGCAAAAUCAAAAGCAAGAGGCUGUACAGAGGAGAAACAGGAUGCUGAUGCUGUUCUACUCCGAGAUAGCUCUCUUGACUUGUCUGUUAGAGCAUUUCUAACAGUCUGAACAGCAUAGCCAAAGAUUUUUUCUAACAGAGCUCUCCUUUCCAGCACCUGCUGUGCUGCCUUACUUCCCCUUCUCUUCCUUCCCUCUUCUUAUCUGUUGGUGGGUCUUUGGGGGGCUUGGGAUAGGGAUUUGGGAGAGCUACAUCAUUCCUGGAAGAGGGGAGAGAAACACCCAAGAUGACUUCGGUCCCCACCGCCAAGUGGAACAUGACCACGAGCAGCAGGUGGAACGUGAGCCUUGUUGAAACAGGUGAUCCCUGGGGACAGGCUCUGGAAGCACCAGCAGCAAAUGCUUCUGCCCCUGUAGCCUCCUCAUCAGGCAACUUCUCCAAUCAGUUCGUGCAACCUUCCUGGCGCAUUGCCCUGUGGUCUCUGGCUUACGGUGGCGUGGUGGUGGUGGCCGUUUUUGGGAAUCUGAUUGUCAUCUGGAUUAUCCUGGCUCACAAGCGCAUGAGGACGGUGACAAAUUACUUCCUGGUGAAUCUGGCCUUCUCUGAUGCCUCCAUGGCUGCUUUCAAUACUCUCAUCAACUUCAUCUACGCGCUGCACAGCGAGUGGUACUUUGGAGAGGCUUACUGCCGCUUCCACAACUUCUUCCCAAUCACAGCUGUCUUCGCCAGCAUCUACUCCAUGACAGCCAUCGCUGUGGACAGAUAUAUGGCCAUUAUUGAUCCCUUGAAACCUAGGCUCUCUGCAACUGCUACCAAAGUGGUCAUUGGGAGCAUAUGGAUUUUGGCAUUCCUGUUGGCCUUUCCCCAGUGCCUAUACUCCAUAACCAAGGUGAUGCCUGGGAGAACUCUUUGCUAUGUAGCAUGGCCAGGUGGUCCAAAACAGCAUUUUACGGAGAAGAGGCAAACAUCCGUCUCACUACAAUCUACUUUCAGGUAUCAUGUUAUUGUGAUUGUGCUAGUCUACUGCUUCCCACUGCUCAUCAUGGGCAUCACUUAUUCCAUGGUGGGAAUUACCCUCUGGGGAGGAGAAAUACCAGGCGACACAUCCAACAAAUAUCACGAGCAGCUCAAAGCGAAGAGAAAGGUGGUAAAAAUGAUGAUUGUGGUUGUGCUGACAUUUGCCGUCUGCUGGCUGCCCUACCACAUUUACUUCAUAGUCACUGGCAUCUAUCAACAAUUAAACCGGUGGAAAUACAUUCAGCAAAUCUAUUUAGCCAGCUUUUGGCUUGCCAUGAGCUCUACAAUGUACAAUCCCAUUAUCUACUGCUGUCUUAAUAAGAGGUUCCGAGCUGGCUUCAAGCGAGCUCUGCGCUGGUGCCCCUUCAUUGAGGUGUCCAGCUAUGAGGAGCUGGAGCUGAAGGCAGCCAGGUUCCACCCCACGCGGCAGAGCAGCCUCUAUGCUGUGUCCAGGAUGGAGUCCAGCAUGACCGUGGUGUUGGACACCAACGAUGGAGACAGUGUGCACGCCAGCCAUAAGAAAAGAGCAGCUCCAAGGGACCUGAACUUCAAUGGCUGCUCACAGAGGAAUUCUAAGACUGUCUCCACGGCCUCAAGCCUCAUCAGUUCACUGCAUACAUCAGCAGAUGUUUAUUCCUAAACAUUUCACUUUGCUAGAAGGGCAAACACUGGACAAUGUUCUCCUAGUUUGAAACUCGGUAUCCAUACCACAGGAAAGCAAACCAGAUUCCACUAAUAAACCCUAGCUAAAAAUAUUGUGAGAUUUUUGGGAAAUCUUUUUUUUUGUUUUGGAGAGGAAGAGGAAUUUGAAGACCUAUGUAUGUCUCAGUCCAAAAGCAUAGUUGCACCUCAGCCACAACAAUGUUUGUAGGGAUUAUCCAGAAUAAACCAAUGGCAUUAAAAACUUUGUUUCAGUUGUCUCUGA